CGCCAAAUGCAAUACUCAAAAAACUACAGUGUUAUCAUUGGCUGUAGGGUAGCAUACGAGAGCGCUCUCUCAGGCCAGCUGGGGAACCAUUAAAAGUAAUAAAAAAGAAAAAAACCAAUAGCCAAUAGCUAAUGUAAUUGAACGAAACGAUGGCGGCCGUAGCAGCAGCAAAAGUACAAGAAGUACGAGAGAUAACAAGAAUUGAACGGAUUGGGGCUCAUUCUCACAUCCGAGGUUUAGGAUUAGAUGACAGUCUUGAACCACGUCAUGUUUCUCAAGGUAUGGUGGGUCAAGUUACUGCUCGACGAGCUACUGGUGUUAUCCUGGAGAUGAUUAAAGAAGGAAAAAUAGCAGGACGUGCUGUCUUGCUUGCUGGACAACCAGGUACAGGUAAAACAGCUAUAGCUAUGGGACUGGCUCAAGCUUUAGGUCAAGACACACCUUUUACAUCAAUGGCUGGAUCAGAAAUUUAUUCAUUGGAAAUGAGCAAAACUGAAGCAUUGACUCAGGCUAUCAGGAAAUCUAUUGGAGUAAGAAUAAAAGAAGAAACAGAAAUAAUAGAAGGUGAAGUUGUUGAAAUCCAAAUUGAUAGGCCAGCUACUGGGGUUGGAGCUAAAGUUGGAAAGUUGACUCUUAAAACAACGGAAAUGGAAACUAUUUAUGAUUUGGGUAAUAAAAUGAUUGAUAGCUUGAUGAAAGAAAAGGUUCAAGCCGGAGAUGUAAUCACAAUUGAUAAAGCAACAGGAAAAAUCAACAGACUAGGACGUUCAUUUACGCGUGCUCGAGAUUAUGACGCAACAGGAUCACAGACUAGAUUUGUGCAAUGUCCUGAAGGAGAGCUACAAAAGCGUAAAGAAGUCGUACAUACUGUUUCGUUGCAUGAAGUCGAUGUUAUUAAUAGCCGAACUCAUGGAUUUUUGGCAUUGUUUUCUGGAGAUACAGGUGAAAUAAAGUCUGAAGUACGAGAGCAAAUUAAUGCUAAAGUUGUCGAAUGGAGAGAAGAAGGUAAAGCUGAAAUUGUACCAGGAGUUUUGUUCAUUGAUGAAGUUCAUAUGCUUGAUAUGGAAUGUUUUUCAUUCCUUAAUCGUGCUCUGGAAAAUGAAAUGGCACCUAUCGUAAUUAUGGCUACUAACAGAGGAAUAACCCGAAUUCGAGGGACUAAUUAUAAAAGCCCUCAUGGCAUUCCAAUCGAUCUUCUUGAUCGUAUGAUUAUUGUUCCAACUAGUCCAUAUCAAGAAAAAGAUCUAAAAGAAAUUUUGAAAAUUCGAUGCGAAGAAGAAGAUUGUGAAAUGGCUGAUGAUGCUCUUACAGUUUUGACUAGAAUUGCUUUAGAAACAUCGUUAAGAUACGCUAUUCAGCUUAUUACCACAGCGUCGUUAGUUAGUCGCAAAAGAAAAAGCACAGAAGUUAGUAUUGAUGAUGUAAAACGAGUUUAUUCACUGUUUUUGGAUGAAAAUAGAUCUACUCAAUUUCUGAAAGAAUAUCAAGACGACUUUUUAUUCAACGAACUUCCUGUUGAACAACCUAUGGAUAUCGCAUAAAAAUAAUAUUA